CCAGCGGAGCAUCUCCUCUCUCGCAUCAGCAUCACGCGCUCCGGUCUCUCCUCUUCUUCUCCUCCUCCUCCUCCUGCUUCUUCUUCUUCUUCUUCUUCUUAUCCAUCACCGAGGAGGCGCGUGUCCAACCUGUGGAGCGUUUGUCUGUCUCUCUCUCUCUCUCUCUCUCUCUCUCUCUCUCUCUCUCUCUCUUUCUCUUUGUCUCUCUCCCUCUGUCUGUCCUGUUGAGGUCGUCUUUUUUGGAGAAGUUGUAGUUUGCGAGAACAGAUAGAACCGGUUGUACUCCGCUGUCAUCCCGGAAGACUCGCCACAUUCUCGGCUCGAAGGAAGUUGAACAGCUGUGUUGUGCGCGUAAUUUGGGAGCCAAUCAAGCCAGCCAUGGAAUCGAUAAUGAAGGGUUUCUCUAAAGCCAAGGAGGGGGUCGUGGCCGCGGCGGAGAAAACCAAGCAGGGAGUGACUGGAGCGGCUGAGAUGACGAAAGACGGGGUUAUGUUUGUCGGUACCAAAACAAAGGAUGGAGUCACAACAGUUGCAGGAAAAACUGUGUCUGGGGUGUCUCAAGUGGGCGGGGCUAUGGUCACCGGAGUCACUGCUGUGGCCCAUAAAACUGUGGAGGGGGCGGGCAAUAUUGUCGCUGCCACCGGAUUGGUCAAAAAGGAUCAAACCAAACAGGGUGAUGACGCCUCACCAGUACAGAACAUGCCAGAGUCACCGAUCGACACCGACCCUGCUGACGCUACAGAGGAGGACACCGACGACUAAAAACCGAUCGAGAGCCUCGCAAUCAAAGAUCAACGACCGAAAACAUUCCAUGUCGCUCUGCCAAGUCCCGUUGUGCCUCGUUUAUGGUCCUUCUACGGAGUCUGUGCCCGAUGUCUGUGUGUGUGUGUAUGUGUGUGUGUGUGUUUGUGUUUGUGUUGUUACGUAUGUAUGCGCAGCGGCAUAUGUGUAUAUGUUGUGGAGAAACAGAGAUGUUGUUUAUUAUGUGUGUCUCAGUCCUUAAAGGGGCCUCAGGUGUGUGUCGUCUGUGACCAGCUGUCAUUUACAGUGAUUCCCUACCACUGAGGAUGCCACCUAGUCACUGUGUGUGUGUGUGUGUGUGUGUGUGUGUGUGUGUGUGUGUGUGUGUGUGUGUGUGUGUGUUUAUGUGUACAUUUUCUGUCUAACAGUGUGGCUAUGUCAAUGACUCAAACCUGGAAAUAUACCACCAUUUACCACUUCAAGCACCUAAGUGUCUCUAUAUAAAUGGACAACUGACAGUGACCUGUUUGAAAUGGAAG